AUGGCGUGGCCCUGUAUCAGCAGGGCGUGCUGCAUGGCCCGCUUCUGGAACCAGAUGGACAAAGCUGACAUUGCGGUGCCUUUGGUGUUCACUAAGUACACGGACGCCUCGGAAAUGCAUCACGUCCAGCUGCAGCCUCCAUUACGGGCCGGGGUCGCCAUAGAAACGCAGCCGCCUCGCACCCAGCGCCGCACGGUCACAGGUCCCCGCGCGCCGCGGAGGUGCGUGUCGGAGGAACGGGUGUGCAGCUCGGUCAUGAGGGAGGACUUUAAACACUGGAGAGUGCGACCCGAACCGAGCUUUAAACCCAAAAACGAGUACCACGGCCCGGAAAUACCGUUCAACAGCGAGACUCAGUACCAGAAAGACUACAAGCCUUGGCCUAUUCCGAAAAGGUACGACCACCCGUGGAUACCUAAGCCGCCCGCUACCAUCUCUGCGGGCGACGACCGUCCGCCGGAGAGGUCCAGACACGGGAAGCAGCACCUGGCAGACGCCGACGGCGGCGUGGAAAAGAGCGCUAUUGCUGACAAAGUGCAAGAAAAAGACCUGAUUCAGGGCCACGAAAGGAAAAAGAGGUCGAGCAAAAAGGCUGAAGGGGAGAAGAAAGUAGUCCUGAAGGUGGAAGGAGAAGGACGCGCGGCUGUGGAUGCGGUCAACAGGCAAAUUAAAGAGGAGAUUUCAGCCGGCAGCUCUUACAAAACUGAAUAUAAGGCAUAUAGGGAUGUGAAGCCUGCACAGAUGAUUCGGGCCAAGUCUCAGUACUUACCCCCAGAUGAAAAGACCAGGCUGGAAACCAGCUACAGUGCGACAUUCAAGGGACAAGCCCCGCUCCAACCUACUGAUAAUAAAGCCCAGGAGAGGAGGAGGAUACGCAGUUUGUACAGCGAGCCAUAUAUCGACCCCAUUAAACAGGUGGACAGGUCAACUGUACCUCGCACUAAAGCCAAAAAGCCCGCGGCUGUUGCAUAUGGCCAGGCCAAACCGCUGAAAAAAGCCAAAGAUAAGAGCAGCGCAGUAAGGGGCUCCAGGAAGAUGACCUCGGAGAACCAGCCCGUGAGCCGACCAGCGUUGGGGGACAAGGAGAAAAGUAAAGAGAUGAACAACAAACUGGCUGAAGCGAAAGAGGUUGUGCUAAAACAACACCACUACAUACAGCUCUGCCAGCCAAUCAGAGAUAUUGGCUGGGUGCAGACGCUAAAGCAACACCUGUGGGGCUGUGCACUACCCAAUCCCAGAGAUGCUCAGGACGAGUUUGUCCGAACCAGUCAUCAUCAUUCCCAGGGUGCUACUGGAGGAGAACCAGAACCACUACUGGAACGACCUGAACUCCGACGCAGUGGCGGAGUCGUGCGAUUUGCCCUCGAUUUGAACCAGACUGAGUAG